AUUGAAUAAUUUAGAAUGCUCAGGAUUCAAAAUCGCAUUAAACAUGAUAAUGCUGAAUUGCUGGCUAUUAUAGAUAGAUGUGCAUGUAUGAUAUUGUUUGAAGUUAGAAAUUAUGAAGGAUGACAGGUUGACUCUCAGAUAGAUGAUCAAGGACAGUAAUUCAGAAAUAAUUUCAUUAGUUACUACGUAUAAGAAGAAGAAUGGUAUUAAUAUUCAUUUAAUUUUAUAGAUCUAAGAUUGUUAUAAUAAGAAUUAAGAAAAUUGUUGAAUAAAGUCAAAGGCAAACAAUAAUAAUAAACUCAGAUAUAAUUUAAUACUAGGACAUCAAAAGAAAACUAAGUAAAUAUAUCUCAAUCCAAAACCUCGCGAACUCCUUCAAGAUAAACUGCAAGUAUUUAAAAAAAUAGAAAUUUUGUAAGUCCACCUAAAAGAUCUUUAAGCAGAUAAACAAAAUAGUCAAUAAUUCCUAAACAAGAAAACUCUCCAAGAUUCAAUGAAGAUAUAAAAUAAAACAGUCCCAAUUCUCCAGAAUUUGAAUUGUAAAUAUUUAAAUCUUAAUUAUUUUCAGCGUUUCUCCAGAUAAAAUUGAAUAACAAAGAUAAUAGUUGGAAUAAUUUGAACAAAAACUGAAGUAAUAUACUUAGGGGGAGAACUUCUAAAAAUUAUUCGAUUAAUAAGAGUAUACAAAAAAGAGAGAUGAUAUUGUUCUUGCUAGUUUUUAAAAUGUAUGUUAAUUAUUGUUAAUUGCAGUUUACAAAAGAUUAAACAUGGAUGUUUGUAGAACCUGAUAAAGAUAAGGAGAAAGAAAAAGAGAAAGAAAAAGAGAAAGAAGAAGAUAUAUCAUAAUAAUAGAAUCAUCAUAGAAGAUAGUAUUCUUAUAUGUAAAUGCCCAAAGAUAUUGGAAUUCAUCAACAUCAUAAUACUGAAAUAAUAGAAAUUAAAUUGUCAACUUUAUCUAAAAAAGAACCAUAACCAGAAAAUUCAUGUCAAGAAAUGGGAACUGAUCUUUAAAGAUCUCAAGAUGUUUAAAGUAUUGGUUUUGGAAAACGCAAUUCUGAUGUACUAAGUUCUAAAUAAGGAAAACAAGAAACAAACAAUCAACAAAUAAUCAAGUAGAAGUACGAACAUUAAAAUGAAAACAUUUAUCAAUCUCAAAUAUUAGACAAAUAUGAAGAAGAUGAAUAUGUUUAAUUUUAAAACACUUAAAAUGAAAGAUAAUAAACAUAAUAGUUUGUAGCUACUAAUGAUGAAGACUAAUAUAAACCCGUUAUAACAGAAGACGACAUCAUGAAAAAAUAUGCAGACCUGUUUACUGCACCUGACUUUUUGAAAUAAUGCAGGGCUACUUGUUAAACUCAGAAAACUAUUGAAUCAUUUGCUGAUAGUAGAAGCCUUAAUUUCAUAGUUCCUUGUCAAAGUAUGGUGUGUCAGGAUGUUGAAACUACGAAAAAAGGAAAAUAUUCCUUAUUAUCGCAAUUAACAGCAGAAUAGAUAUUUGAUGAGAUCUUUCCUGAAUCAACUUUAUAGAAGAUAAGCAAAGCAUUUUUUAGAUUCAAAAUGGAGGUUGUGUUCCAAUAAUUGCAUCAUGAUCCUUCUUAGGAGGAAUUAGAUGAAAUGUUUUAUUAGGUUGAUGUACAAAGAGAUGGGUUUGUAGAUGUUAAUGAGAUGGGGUAAUUUUUAGACACAGUUUGUCCUAAAUAAGAUAGAUAGAUUUACGAGAAAAUCGAUAAAAGGAACAAGGGAUACUUUGAUGAAUAAGAAUUGUGUUAGUAGUGUAACAAAACCGUUGCUAGAUAAUACUUUUAGGAAUUAGAUUUAUUGAACACUAAUAAAAUAACAUAUUGGGAAUAUUAUCUAAAGUAAUAUAUAAUAUUAAUAUAGACGCACUACAAUUAUUGGUCAAUAAGUUAUUAAUAUGAUAUAAAAAAGUUUAGAUUGA